AUGGAUCGCUGUUCGAUUAAUGUUCGUAGCUUUCAUAAUGCUGCCGAGGAUGCAUACACAUUUAAGGUUACUUACGCGUCGCGUCUGGUACGCUCGUCCCAGAAUUUGUCCCAGAAGGUGGAACGGUUUUUGAUUCUGAGCACGCUAGUGCUGAGUGUGCGAGGUAGGGUGCCGCCACUGCUGCUGGCUGACACCCCGGUGGACAUGCUAUGCUCCGAGGCUGAACUCUUCGCGAUGAACGUUGUCCCGCCCCCACCCGCGCCCAGUCGAUCCGACUGGGACCCUGAACGCUGCAUUUCGUCUUUGGUAUUACACACGCACUACAUGAUUCGCUGCACAAUUGCCCAUGCCAGACGAAUUAUCGUGGAGCAUGUUCACCAUUACGAGGUUAUUAUGCUCCGUUUCGUGAAAGGACUCCGCUCCGGCGUCGGAAUCAACGCUGGGCGAAACACACCCAGCGUGCAACAACAAGUGAGUUUACGUCCAGCGAUACGACCCGCUACUGCACUGCGUAACGAGUCCCGGCGUGCGUGCUCGCGGCUCGAACGGGGGCGUCGAGACGGGGCUGCCCGGGGGGCUUCAGCGGAACGACACGGGGGGCGAGUGACGGGGCAUGUAGUGGCGUGCCGCCGGCGCGCCGCGCGGACUGUCAAUGAAGAUCGGCUCGGGGGCGAGGCGCGGCGGGCGGCGUGGCGUCGGCGUCGCGCUCGCUCGCCCGGCCGCCGACGACGCGCGACUCCGCCCGAGGAUAAAUUUGGCGCUAAUGGAAACCGGCGGUGGGCGCCAGUAAUCAAUGCCCGAGUGGGGAUCGAGAACCAGCCGGACCAGACCGCGCCGGAUUCAGGUGAUUGGCGAAAAACUACGCACGCUACAGUUCCACCG